AUGGAAGAUAACUCCUACUUUGAUGAGGUAGAGAAGCUUCUGGAAAAUAAAAGUAAGAAGAACAAAGAGGAGGAGCAAAAUGGAGUUGUACAAAAUAAGGGGAGGAAAAAAAAAGAAUUAAAGAAAAAGGCAGCGAAUGGAAAGUCGGACAAACACAGUGACAACGAAACGGUCAGGAAGGACCAAAAGGAAAAAUAUGUCAAUGGUGAUGGAAAUGAGGAGGAGGACGAAAAUAAUGACAAACAUAACACGCGAAAUGAUGAAUUACCUUUGAAAAAAAAUUCCCACAGGAAGGAGUUAAAUGGGGAAAGAAGAAGCGGUAAAGGAGGGAAAAGUGAACACCAGGGUGGAAAACAUAAGUCUAGGGAAAAGAAAAGGAAGAGCAAUAGUGGAAGUAGUGGGGAAGACAUGACAGAUGAGAGCGAUGUUACAAGUGAAGGUGCCAGUGCCGACAGGCGCAACAAGGGUAAGACAAAAAGGAAUUGCUCCAGGGAAGGAGACCGAACCAGCGGUAACGAUAGAAAGAAAAAAAACAGAGUGAGAGACGCAUCUAGUGAGAGCAGUGUGGAAAAACGAAAAACGUAUUCAUCGGAGGAGGAAUCGAGUAGUGAACAGAAAGGAAGAAGGAAGAGACAUAAAGGUAGUAGGGAUAGCCCUGUCAAGGGGCACAGGGAAGUGUCUGAGUCGGAGUCCGGCAAAAGUGAUGACGACGGUGACUUGGAAGAAAAAGAGAGAAGUAAAAAAAAGAGUGCUAUGGAGAGAGAAAGAAGGAGAAAAGGUCACGGGAAGGACCAGAAGAAAAGGGGUCAGCAAAGUGACUCAGAGAACGAAGCAGAAACUGAGGGAGAGGAGACGAAUGGGGAAAACACUAACAGUGAGGCGGCAAACAGUGGUGAAGCGAACAGUGACGGAACAAACAGCAACGAUGAGAGUGAGAGUGAAAGUGACGCCGAAAAGAGGAAACGGAGGGGCAAAGUGAAAAGUGCCGCCAAGCGAAGUGAGAACGGAGGACGCAAAAGAAAGGCCAAAUCAGAGUCAGAGGAGGAGUCCAAUUUGUCUACAGAUUCGGAUCGUGAGAAAGAAAGGAGGAGACAUAGAAGGAGGAGCCACAGUAGUGAACGCGUUUCUGCCAGUAAAAGGAAAAGUUCCUAUCGAGAUGACAGCAAUGAUGAGGGUGACGAGGCUGGUGAGAGUGGCGAUCAAUCCGAUGGGGAGCGCUCCGGAGGUGAGGACGCAAAAAAGAGAAAAAGAAAAAACAAGAACGACAAAGAGAGUGAGCGAAAAAGAGCGGAACGAGAUACCUCCCCAAGUGGAAGCUCCUCUAGUGGGGAAGAAGACCCUCGAACGAAACGGAAAAGGAGAAAAGCCAGUCCUAGUAUAAGCAACUCAGAUUCCAGUGAUGGGGAGGAGCGCGACCGCAGGUCGAGAAGCGCCAAAAGGAGGAAACGAGAGAGGCACGAACUGGAGAGGAGGGAAAGACAUCGAGAUAGGGAGAGGGAACGUGAUAGAGAGAGAGAGAGAGCAAGGGAACGAAUGUGGAAGGAGCGUGAACGAGAGAGAGAACGAGAGAGGGAAAGACUGAGGAAGGAAAUAGAAGAAGCUCGAAUCAGGAGAGAAAAGAGAAGAGAAGAAAAAAGACUACAAAAGGAACAGGAAGAAGCUAAGAGAGACGACCUAACUGUACUGGUACUGAAUUUAGACUUAAAGGCAGAUGAAAGAGACAUAUAUGAAUUUUUCUCAGAGGUUGCUGGAAAGGUAAGAGAUAUUCAGUGUAUAAAAGAUCAGAGGUCCGGAAGAUCUAAAGGAGUAGCUUAUGUAGAAUUCUACACCCAAGAAGCAGUGGUAAAAGCUUUAUCUGCUAAUGGAUAUAUGUUCAAAAAUAGGCCAAUAAAAAUACAAUCUUCCCAAGCGGAAAAAAAUAGAGCCGCGAAAGCUGCAAAACAUCAACCUAUAGACCCAAAUGAUAUUCCUAUAAAAUUAUAUAUUGGUGGAUUGGUAGGUCCAUUAGGGAACAUCUCGGAGCAGGAGUUAAAACAGCUGUUUAAUCCUUUUGGAGAAAUCCUAGAAGUGGAAAUUCAUCGAGAUCCUUACACAGGGAAGUGUAAAGGAUUUGGGUUCAUUCAGUUCUUUAGAGCAUCCGAGGCGAUUGAAGCUAUGGGGGUUCUGAAUGGGAUGGAAAUAGCAGGUCGAGAAUUGAAGGUUAGCUUUGCCCAAGAUUCGAAAUAUAUCCUCGCGUCAGAAAAGGAGGCAAAGGAAAAGCUGCUUGCAAAGCUCAUGGCGAAGAAGGCCAAAGAGGAAGAAAAGGUCGAAGAGCCAGACAAUGAGAAAAUUGACAACGAUGAUGAUGACGGAGGUGGACUCAUUGCCGGGGCCGGAAGUAAAAUUGCCCUCAUGCAGAAGUUGCAGCGGGACAUCAUCCUUGACUCGGGGAUUUCGAGUCAAUUCGCCACCGGUGCCAACGCAAUCAUGCAGGCCACACCGAUUGCCACUGCUCAGCCCAACGCCCUCAACAACAUCACGCCGAAUCUGGUUCUCUGCAACAUGUUCUCGCCCAAUGACGAAAACAUCGGUUCGGACCCAGAUUUUUUCACGGACAUAAUUGAGGACGUUAAGGAGGAGUGCAGCAAGUACGGAAGCAUCACCAAGAUAUGGCUAGACACAAAAAACAUCGACGGGAAGAUUUACAUAAAGUAUACAAAGCAGGAGGAAUCCUUAAAGGCAUUUCAGUUUCUGAAUGGGAGAUAUUUUGGAGGUUCCCUCAUAAAUGCUUAUUUUGUGACGGAAGAAAUGUGGAACUCGAUAUGUACCUAA